UCGGAAUAUUAGCAGGUGGGAGGCGCGGCCGGGUUGCUACAGCCGGAGCUGGGCGGCGGCGGCGGCGGCGGUGGCGGUUGCAGCUCAAGGAGUCCGGCGGAUCUCGAAGCGUUGGCGCAAUGGAGGGACUGGAAGAAAAUGGAAGUGUCCAAGUUGGAGAAUUGUUACCUUGCAAGAUUUGUGGAAGAACAUUCUUUCCAGUGGCAUUGAAAAAACAUGGACCUAUUUGCCAGAAAACUGCCACUAAAAAACGGAAGACUUUUGAUUCAAGCAGACAAAGAGCUGAAGGAACUGAUAUUCCAACAGUAAAACCUCUUAAACCUAGGCCUGAACCACCAAAGAAACCAUCUAAUUGGAGAAGAAAGCAUGAAGAGUUCAUUGCCACAAUAAGAGCAGCUAAAGGCCUUGGUCAAGUGCUGAAAGAGGGUGGCAGACUUCCCCCACCUCCUCCACCGUCUUAUGAUCCUGACUAUAUUCAGUGUCCAUAUUGCCAGAGAAGAUUUAAUGAAAAUGCGGCUGAUAGACAUAUAAAUUUCUGUAAAGAACAGGCAGCACGUAUUAGUAAUAAAGGCAAAUUUUCUACUGAUACCAAAGGAAAAUCAACUUCUCGGACACAGUAUAAGCCGCCUGCACUUAAAAAGUUUAAUUCUCCUGGGACCACCUCAUCAGGAUCAUCACGAUUACCACAACCAAGCGGCACUAGCAAAACUGUUGUAGGUGCUCCUUCAGGUAAAGUGUCUUCAGUUAGCAGCUCUUCGGGAAACAAACUUCAGACCUUGUCUCCCUCUCAUAAAGGGAUAGCAGCCCCUCAUGCAGGACUGAGAGGAGAAGCAAGAGUGGCAGUGGCAGUCUUGGACCUCUCCGCACAAGUCUUCAAAGCUUACAGGACUAACAUCAAACCUCGAAAUUCCACGCCACCUAGUUUGGCCCGAAAUCCUGCCUCAGGUGUGCUUACAAGCAAAAGAAAAACAUACAGUGAUAGCUACAUGGCCAGGCCAGAUGGAGACUACAUCUCUUCAUUUAAUGGUGGAAACACUAAAGGCAUUGAGGGAAAUUCAGCGGGACACUUACCAAAAUUCUGCCAUGAAUGUGGGACUAAAUACCCUGUAGAAUGGGCAAAGUUCUGCUGUGAAUGUGGUGUUCGAAGAAUGGUUCUGUGAACAGAAUCCAAAAAAAGAAAAAGCUAAGUCCUGAAUUUUAUGAUUAUUGCUGCUUGGACAUCUAGAGCACUUCCUCUAGUGAUUUCGUGCUAAAAUUACUCAAAAUACUUUUUUUCAAGUUUUUGGAGCAUAAUUCUUUGGCUGUGUAAUGUGUGUGUAUAUAUGUGAGUGUACAUAUACUGUAUAUAAUAAAUACCUGAUAACCUAAGCUGUGCCAUUCAAGGACAUACCUACUUAUCAGUCAGAAAAUAACUUUAGGUGGAAUCAUUUAACUUAGGUAUUCCUUUUCUGUUGUUAAAGUACAUUACUAUACUUCGACAAACAAUCCAGCGUUAAUGCUUAGCGCUCUAAGCUUUCAGAUGAUCAUUACUUUGAGUAGGACAUCAGAAUAAACAUUUUUAUUAUUGACCUAUUUUCAGAUAGUAUCAUUGUAGGAUGGAAUGCUUGAACUUUUGAAACUGAGAGAAUAUUUUAGUUACAAUUAGUUGUGUCGUUUUCCUGUAGAGCUCUUUAAUAAUUAAUUUUAUAAAUAUUUUUUAAAAAGAGAGGGAAAAACCCCAAUUGUGUAUGUUGCUGUUUACUCAGUGUAUUAUUGAUUCUAUAGAGGUUUUUACUCAAUUCUUUAAAACAAUUAUGCAGUUCCCUUUUCAGAGACACAAAGCUGAAAAUACAGCUGUUUCUUUUUCUAGUUAUAACUGAAUGAUUUUUUUUUUUUUUGCUCAGUGUGUAUAAGUUUACCACACAUUCUUUCUACUUCUGAUUGUCUUCAGAUUUCACUUUUGUCCUUUUUUCCCCAUUAUCUCAUGCCUGAAGAGUAGUUUGCUACUUCAUUUUUGCAAAGCUGGCAAGUUAAUUAUUUAAUAGAAGGUGCACCAAGUUCCUUGCAAAAUCUUGCAUUUAUAUCUAUGUAUUUGAAUUUAGAAGAAAUUAAUGGAUUUUAAAACAGAUCAUCUCACCUAAUAAACAGUUAACUUCGAUAAUUAAUCCUUAGUGCAGGGCAUGCAGGUAAAAAGAAUUGAAUUUUAGUCACUUGAAGUAUAGUUAUAUGUAUUUAUGGGUAGGUUAAGAGAAUGUUAAUAUUUAAUUUUUCCUACUCAUGUUUUUCUUCCAGUGUUUCGUGCUGAAGCACUAUUUACUUCACAAUAAAAAGCCUCUGAAAAUGCAUUGCUGUAAUGGAUAGCUGCUUUAUUAUGUAAUUAAACAUUCACAAAAAUGUAAUUAUACUUUCACCUUUACUUUGACUAAAAUACAGCUUUUAAUCAUUGUCACUUUCAGUGUAACAUUGUAUUUACUAGUAAAUACCUUUGGUUGCUUGUGCAGCCAAAUUCAGUAAUUCAGUAGUUAUUUUUGUUGAAUCAAACCUAACAAACCUUGAUCUUAUUAUAAAGGUACAGCAGAUCAUUUAUAGGCAAUCUCUAACUUCUUGUUUAUGAUUCUGAUCAAUUGUGAGGAUCAGGGUAGAAAUUUGUGGCUUAUAGCUUUCUCUGAAAUUCAUUUAUACUUAACUUUAUAAUUUUAUUCAUUAGUUUUUUUGUUUUGUUUUGUUUGUGUUUUUCAUUUGGUCAGAGGAUAACUUAGUGGUAAUGGAAAUUAAUAAUUUACAUUAUAGUUCCUUUCCUGACUUUCAAUAAUUUUUUUUUUCUGGUUGCCUUUAUUUAGUCAUAUUGGCCAGAAGGAAGGGUCAGAGUUCAAAAAAACUAUAGUACAGCUUAUUCCAUCAACUAGAAUAGCUUUAAUAAAUUUAGGAGAAUAAUGUACAUAUCAGAGUUCCAUUUCAAUUGUUUAUGUUCUUCUGUUCUAAUUAUUAGAAACCAUAUAAAGAAAGAACUUUAAACUCUUGCUUUAUCUAGAAUUGAGCACUAUUUUCUUCCAAGUAUAUUUUUAAAGAUCACAUAAUUUUUGUCUGCCCAAGGAAGGGAUAGCUAAGUGAUCUUAGACAAAGUGGCACAUGUUUGUUUCUCACUGAAUUUUACUGUGGCAAGUAAAUGUUAUAAUGUAUACUAUAUGGAAAUGAGUUGGUAAGAAAUCAUCUAAUUCCAAAACCCAGAGAUUGUUACAAACAGUAAGUAGGUGAAAUAUAUUAAUUAAUUAUGAAACAUAUCGAUGCAGUGUAUUUAAAUGCAUUUUUAUAUUACUUGCAUAUAUUAUUUUCAUGUUGAUUUGUUGUGCAAUAGUUCAGUUUUUAAGAAAUUUUCCUAGAUCUAUGCAUCAUUUAUUUUAUUUUUAUUUAUUUUCACAAGUAUUUUCCAGUGUGGUAGAAUGAAAAGAUGAUUUAAACUUAAAUUAAAACUGUAAAAAUUGCUUAUAUAAUAUUCUGAAAGUUAUUAGCUUGGAAAAGUAGGAGUAGUA